CCAAGAAGUUUUGACUGGAGGAAGAGAGGUGUAAUUGGACCUGUUCAUGAUCAAGGAAUGGUUGGAGAUGUCCAGUCUAUUGUAGCAGCUGAAAUGAUUGCCAGUCACCAUGCAAUCGACACCGGACGACUGUUUGAACUUAGUGCCGAGGAAAUUGCCGAAUGUGGAUGUGGUCAAGAACAAUUAGAGCCCAAUAUCUUCAAAUGUAUUCAUGAUAAAAUACCCGAGGGUUUAUGCACCAACUCGAGUUAUAACGCAGGUGGUGGGACGUGUAACAAGGCAAGCUGUAGUCCAAAAGCUCAGAUCAACGGGAGUAGAUUUAUACCACAAGGUAACGAGGAGGAGAUGGCCUCGGUCAUUAUUCGAACACCACUAAUGGUUUAUAUUGAUGCAUCCCAAUCAUCGUUUGAGCUGUACCAAUCUGGUAUAUAUAGUGAUGCUGGAUGCAGUCAGAUUCAGUUAAACCAUCUCUUACAGAUAGUUGGCUACGGUGAACAGAAUGGAGUAAAAUACUGGAUCUGUAGAAACAGUUGGGGAACUGAUUGGGGGAUCAAUGGUUAUAUUUGGAUCAAGAGAGAUGAGAAUGUAUGUGGUAUUGCAACAAAUGCGAUGUAUCCAUAUUGA